AUGAUGGAAUACGGAAGAACGCGCAAAGGGCCGCUGCCUGGAGGUCGCCAGGGCGCGUCUGGAGCUGGCGCUGGACGCGGCAGCAUGCGAACCGCCAGCCGAGCGCGAGGUGCUGCACGACCACCCAGCAGCCCCUCGCAUCCAUCAUCCCCACCAGCUGGCUUGGUGUCGGCAGGGUCUUCGCGGGCCCAGCAAUCGGCACCCGCCUCUGGUGGAGUACGCCGCAUGCGUUGGACAACCCAGAUGAACAGCAACGCAUUGCGGGCGUAUUUUGGGGCGAAAGGGGGAGAAACUGGAUGUUUGGCGUAUCGGGCUAGGAUGCAUCGUCUUUUUGCUGAGCUGGAGCCAUCUUUAACCGUCACAGAGCAAAACCUGGCAGACCGAGUUCGGUAUAUCUUGCGCUCAAAUAUAUUUGAUGUCGCCGAACUCGAACGGCUACGACGUGAGGCUGUUCCCUCGUCGGAUGAGAAUGCUACGGCUGAGGAUGCGGCGCCACAAAUGGUAGAGCAACCCGCAAACGUGGAUGCCGCCGUGAAUACCCCAGUUGUGGUUGAUUCAAACGAUGAUGGAACAGUCGCCCAGGAACUGGAAUUAGAGCAUAUGAGGAGUACAUUGGAAGAGGCGAUUGUGGAAACGCGCAGUACGCCUCUCGAAAAUCGACCGCGACUUCCCCGCAUAGCCCUAAGCAAGCGGAAUCGGGCUGUCGUGAGGGCUCUGAACCCAAUGCUGGUGACCUAUUUGGAAGCCAGCCGGGACCUUUGCGAGACGGACUCAAUUCUUUUUGGCGCCGCGCUGGCAGUCUGCCGUAUCAUAGGCGCCAAGGUUUCCACGGCUGGACGCGCUACUGGCCAUAGUAGCGCUAUCCCAGCAUGGAGAAGAAGAAUUGAGGAACGUAUCGCAAAGGCUAGAGCUCUCAUCGGCAGACUGAUAUGCUUCAGAUCAGGCAACAACAGGCCAAGAAUUGUGCGCACCGUCAGGAUGGCGUUUGCUGGGACAAAUGUCAGUUUGUCCCAGCCGGAUAUAACGCAAAAACUGACGGAGCGCAUAGAUGAUCUGAAGCAGAGAAUCGCUGCUUGGGGAAAACGGAUUCGGCGAUAUACCGAGAGGUCGACACGGUUCAACCAGAAUCGUCUCUUCCAGAGUGAUCAGAAGAGGCUCUAUGAAUCAUUGGAGCGACCAAUGGUAAGUGGAACGGGUCCAGCACCGAAUCCGUAG